UUUCUCCAGGAAAAUGGUCUCAUCAAUCCCAUUUCAUCACCAGAUUUCUCUGUUCUAUGCAUUUCUUUUCUGGUUUUGAUUUUGUAGGCAAUACAUACUGGAAGCAGCAUCAAAUACUUCAGGCAAAUUGUUGGAAGGGCAGAUCGCUUAAAAAGAAGUCACCACACACAUUCCACUCUGGGACCCACAGCUGAGAAGUAAUCAGGAUUGUCUCCUACAUGUCAACCCAGGAUAACAGUGACCCAGGGAGUGAUGUCAAACUGGGGAAGAAGAGUUUGGUCCAGAAGCUGCCUCUUUCAACUGCAGUGGGUGACCAUAUUCGCCGACAUAGGACCACUUUUAGCCAGAAGCAACUGGCUAUUCUAGAGCAGCAGUACUCCAAAGAAAGCUACUUAUCCAGGGCCAGGAGGUAUGAAUUGGCCAGUACUCUGAAUCUACCUGAAAGCACCAUCAAGGUGUGGUUCCAGAACCGACGGAUGAAAGAUAAAAGGAAGAGAUACUGUCUGCCUUGGCUUCCUCCUCUAGACCCUAUCUUACACAGGUCCAUGAGCCAGACCUCCUGUAUAUCUUACCCUCUACUGUCUCAGCUCUCUACUUCUAAGUACUUAGGCACCUUUCUAACAUUUCUGAGGCCUAUGGAUAACCUAUCAUUUCUCCCUCCAUCUUUCCUGAUACCAAAUUUCCUUCCCACUCUCCAAUAUCCCUCUCUCUAUCAGUCCUCAGGAGUUUGCCCCACACCCUGUUAUUGUACUGAGAGUAAAGAUCUUGGAAAAAAACAAGACAGCAACUCAGCCCUUUAUGGAUCCAAAUGAAUCUCAACUCUAACUUGCUGUCCUUAAAAUAGGGUUAGAGGCUUCCUGUAGAAGUGGUUUCCACACACUGAUAUUUUAUUAGAACUGUUUUAAACAGGAGCUAGAACAGACUCAGGACAGCAAAAUGACUUUGAAUUAGUCAGCAACCAUCUGUAUUAAAAAUAUGAAAGGUUUUAGGUAUAUUCUGUAGUGGAAUGUUUUUCCUUGAAACUCAGACACAUUUGUCUCACAACAAGGCUAAACAGAGGUAACACCAACUGAUUUAAAAUCAGAUUGAUGGCAUAGACCAAAUUCAUCCUUGAUGCAACAUUGCUGAGGUCAGUGAAAUUAUAGCACCACAGACAAAUUCAGCUCUAUCAGAUUUAACUCUAACAUAAAACUAGGUAAUGUAAAAAAAUAAAUAAAAGAUCAAACCAAAAAGUGGUGAUGGGGCAUUUAUUUCUCAUGUGCUUCAAACUGUGUAAUUAAGUGGGACAGAACUGAUACUGGCAGAGAAAAGAUCUCCAACAAUAUAACAGGAAUUAAGUCCAAUAAAGAAAGCUAUGAAUGACAAGGGAGGUUUUUAAAGUUUCAAAUUGGAGUUAGGAGUUGAAUUCCUAUUGGCAUUUUUUUAAAACUUUUUUUUAAAAGGUGUGUUGUUUGCUAUAGUGAAUCAACACAGCAUAGGUAGUGCAAUAUUCAGAAGGCUGAAGUGAUCUGCUACAAUAAGGGGCCAGUUAACUUUGUAGAUGAAACAUGGACAAUGUAAUCUUUCUUUUUUGCAUUAAAUAAGCUACAGGUUAAUUCGAAAAACAUGGAAGUUUCAUUCCUUUGUGAUCAACUUUUAUGUUAGUGAUGAAUGCAAUUCAUUUAUUUGUGAGAGUGUAAGAGGGUUUAGUGGUAAAGGUUUCAGACUAAGAGAUCCUUUAGGAAGACAGCUUCUUUACGUCAGCUGCUGAAGAGCAUUCUCUAUUGAAAAACUAUCUCAUACUUGACUCAGAGGUUUUGCCUGUGUGCACAUCAAGAGACACUAAGAGCAAAGCCUUAAGGACAUGAGAAGGUAUGUACGAGUCCUAGGUGGUUCAGCCUGGCAUGCUGCUGAGCUUUCUGUCCCCAAUCCUGCAGAUGCACUUCAGAUCAUAUAUAUAUUUAAGAGUAUACUUACUUAAGUGGGUGUUUUGCUGGAUUAAAACCAGGGCCUGAAAAUCUGCUGGAGUAUACCCUUAUCCCAAAUC